AUGCAGGCAUUCCCGCAGGCAUAUGCAGCGCAGGCCAACAAGGGCACCCUGGUCCCCGGCCAGAGCAUCACCGUCAACAAGUACACCGUCGUAGUUGAGCGCUAUCUCAGCCAAGGCGGGUUCGCCCAUGUCUACCUCGUCAGAACCGCCCAGCCGGUGUACAACACUACUCACCAUGUUCUCAAGCGCAUCGCCGUCCCAAACGAAACCAUGCUCUCCGAGGUCAAGAAGGAGGUCGAUAUAAUGGUGACUGGAACCCCAUCAUCUCUUCCUCGGAUCCUCAAAGGUCAUCCAAAUAUCGUCUUCCUCAUCGACGCCGCUUGGCACCGGAUGACCAACGGCACCUACGAGGUCUUCAUCCUCAUGGAGUUCUGCCCUGGCGGAGGCAUCAUUGACAUGAUGAACCGUCGACUGCGCGAACGUCUCACCGAGUCUGAGAUCCUCACCAUCUUCGUCGACGUCUGUGAAGGUCUCGCGGCCAUGCACGCCCUCAAACCCCCCAUUCUCCACCGUGACCUCAAGGUCGAGAACAUCCUCCAGGCCUCUCCGACUUCAUACAAACUAUGCGACUUUGGCAGUGCUACCCCAGUGCAGAAAGUCCCCACUAACACCCAGGAGCUCCGUAUGCUUGAAGCCGAUCUCAAUCGACAUACUACCUUGCAGUAUCGUGCUCCCGAGAUGAUCGACGUUCACCUGCGGCGCCCGAUCGACGAGAAGUCUGAUGUAUGGGCCCUAGGUGUGCUCCUCUACAAACUCUGCUACUAUACUACACCUUUUGAGGAACAUGGACCCCUCGCGAUCCUCAACGUUCAGUACAAGAUCCCCCCCUACCCCGUAUACUCAGCGCAGAUGAACGCCCUGAUCGCUUCAAUGUUGAAGGAGCACGGAGCCCAGCGCCCAACCGUGUUUGAGAUCCUCAAUCACGUCCAUGGCCUUAGAGGCACCAAGUCGCGAUUCACCUACAAUAUACCCGCACAGGAGCCAUUGUCUCCGCGGUCUCUCCAGGCCCCUCUCCAAGCUCGUUCCCCGAACAUCGCUUCAAAUCCCCUUGAUGACCUCGUAUCGUACAAGUCUCAGCAGCCGGCGAAGAAUGCCGGGGUGGAGGCUCGCGAGAAGGUGCUCGAGGCUAUUGCCCCAAUGCGCCGGGGUCGACCACAGGGGGCUACCCAACCUACCUCCUCUAAGGCACCGUCACGGCCUUCUAGUCCGGAGAAGCCCGUCACGUUUGAGACGAAGUUCGGCGACGAGGACAGUGAUCGUGCUUGGAAGGGUGGCCUUCGCGCAGCCAGGUCCGGUCUUCCCUCAUUAGGCAACGACACGUCGUCUUUCGGAAAGGGUGAUGCCGAUGCCUGGAGUCUUGCGUCUCGCCAGUCCGCGCAGAAGAAUGAUGCAGGCUCACAACGCGGUUUUGAUAGUGACUUCUCGUCUGGCUUGGGGAGCAAGUUCACAACCACUCAGACCUCCCGCUCACCGCCCGCUGGCGGCAAACCAGCGGAACACACGUCUUCUGGUUUCAGCACAGGGUUUGGGGACGCGUUUGAUCCCGCGAAAGCCGCCAUCUCAUCGCCCUCGCCGCCCACCGGCUCCCGCGCGUCAAUGCCUCCCUCGCAGCCAUCCCGAUUCCGCCAGAGUCGAAUAGGGAAGGACGCGUUCGAAGGCCUCGCGCUUCCUACGGCGUCACAGACACCCACACUCGCGGAGGCGCGAAUGAGUCGAACAGGCUUGGCCAGUUUCGGAUCGUCUUCGAGCGCGAAUGCAUCGAGUGCUCUGUACAACAUCACCCCUCCCACUCCCAGCGGAGCUGGGGGACUUGGAACGUCCAACACAAUGUACCAACCCCCGAGCAUCCACGCGUCACGACCGACACCUUCGCCACAACUGCCGCAGUCCCAGAUCCAGCCUCAGUCGAGCAACCUCUCGCCCAUUCCCCCGCCCUCGCAGACAUGGCGGCAGCACGUCAAGGCGCCAUCCUCGUCGCAGGAGAACCUCUCAGCAGAAGAACGCUUCCCCUCGCUCGAGGAUCUCGACCGCACCUUCGCCUCCCCAAGCGGCACUCCUUCAGAGAAGCCGCCGCCAGCCUUGCCCCCGCGUACGUCCGAUCGCCCACCGUCGCGGAGCAGCUACAUGGGCUCGCAUACCGGGAGCGCCCCAACAGCUCUGAACGCCCCAGGGGUGAAGGGCCGUUUCGACGGCGUGCGCUCGCAGCAGGUCACCGGCACCGCGAUGCGCGACGCACGCGUGGCCGGCUCACGCCAGUCGACGUUCCUCACCAAGGCUGAUGACGGCCCGAGCAAACAUCAGCAGCCCCUCCAGAGCCGACCUUCGCUCUCGCGCAAACACCGGAGCUCGGUCUCAAUGAAGACGUCGCAGGCGCAGCCCCAGCCGGUUGACCUCCUCACAGGGCCCUCCCCUCCAUCGCUGCCUCCUCGGCCACGCCAGCAGCCUCAGGAUUGGCUCACGGGCAGCGACGAGGACAUGAGCGGGAUGCCUCUGGGCGUACGCACGACGGGUCUCAACGCCCCAUCCGACGAGCAACCGAAGCUGCGCGACUCCCCGAGCAAGCGUGCGAGCUACAUUGAACGCAGCCCGAUCGCGCUCGCGAAGCCGCUCGAGGCGGAGAGCGGGACGGUCGUCCCGCCGCCACAGCCACAACAGGCGCAGGUGACGGAGCUCGAGCGCGAGUGGCAUAACGCUCUCGAUAGCCUCGACAAGAUCCCCGCGGGGAAGUCUGAGCGCGAGCGCGAGAGGCGGAAGGCCGAGGAGAGAGAGAUGAGGCAGAGGCAGAGGUCAAGGUCACGCGAGGCGACGAAGGCGUUCAUCACGCGUGCGGACGUCGGCACUGCCGGCCUUGGUUUGCAGAUCCCCGCUGGUACGGGCGCAAGGCAGGCAUCCACUCCGUCGCCAAGUGGACUUACGGACAACUGGAGCCCGGUGCCGUCGCCCAAGCGCGGGUCGCGGUCAAGGCACGGCUCGGCAUCAUCCGCGAGCGACGUUGGGCCGGAGGACCCUAAUGGGUACAUACCGAGGGGUGGGGCUGCGGAGAAGACGAAAGGGCUGGAGGAGGUUGCUACGAAGAGCGGCGCACCGCUCAAUGGGACGGGCGAGGGUCAACGGAGACGGAGGACGAGGAGCAAAGGGAGGCAGAGCUCUGUGCACGACCUCGUCGACUUGUGGGGCGGGGGGCUAGAGAAGGGGAAGAGCCCUACGACCGCGAGUGCCCCCAGCAAGAGGAGUUCGGUGAUCCUGCCUGCUUCGGGAUCGACCAUGAUGCCACCCCCUGUCACGAACAAGCCGCGGUCGUCUUCACCACAGCCCGCCAGGACGCCAGAGCCCUCUAUACCCUCCAACAGGCCGCUGCCCUCGCCUACCAAGCACACGAAGCAGCCGUCCUCCCAGGCCGGCUCGCGGCGUGGUCUGAUGCCCACCUCUGCGACUUCCCCCACUGAAUCUUCAGGCCGUUCCCGACCGCAGUCCAUGUUCAUUUCCCCUGUCACUGUAUCCAAGUCCACGCCUAAUGCUACUGAGAUGGAAGCGCCCUCGUCCACCGCUGCAGCUGCCGCCUUUGCACAACAGUCCGCGCUUUCGCAACCCGGGGCUCCGCGCAGGCAGCCGCAACCACGCCGGAGUUCAAUCUCGGACAUGGUCCAGCACUAUGAGGCCAUUGGUGGGCCCAAGCCGCCCAAGGGUCCCGGGCCGGGUCCGCCGACCAAGCCCGUCGCGCUGUCCCUCAAGACGCACCAGAGCACGAGCAGCGCGGCUUCAAGCGACACGUUCUCGCCCUCCGCCGCCGCGACGCGCUUCCCGAAACUAUCGCCCACGACAUCACCUGUGUUGACGAAGGCCAACCUCGCUGUCCCGGAGGAUACCGGCCGUUCGCAGUUCGGACGCGACUUCGCCAAGCACCGUACGUCCCCGACGGGCUUGCCUUCGCGGACGUCGCCUGCUGGCCGACUCGAGACACCCUACUCGAGCGCUUAUAGCAGCGGCUCAUCCACCGGCGCAGUCGUCAACGGCAUGCCCUCUCGUCGCUCACCUCUCGCCGAACCGCAGCGCGAGCAGCCGCCAUCCCGUGCGUCUGUCAGGCAUCAGCGGGAGGAGAUGCCGCCACCGCCCUCGCCGCGGAUGGAGCGCAAGAUGUCGGCACAACUCGAGCCGCCCGUGAACGCGAACGCGAACGUCCGCUCUCCAUCCCCCGAGAAGCCAUACCAGGGCGUGUCGAGGCUGAUCGAUAGGUGGCAGCGCGUAGUGGACGAGACGAACCCAAGUUCGGGGGCCCGCUCUGGUCGAGGAGCCGCUCCAGAGAGGAAAACGGGGAUGGUGACCGGAGGCUCUGGACGAGGUUGA